GCAGGGCCUUGCUGUCCCACAUCCUGGCUCUGUCUCUCCGUCCUGUAAGGAGGCCUCUUAGUCUCUCUCCGUCUCCUUCUUAUUCCUCUUUCCUUCUCUCUCUUACUUUCUUCCUCUCUGUCUUUCACUCACGUUCACCUUUUUACUCUGCUCUUCCUCACAAUUCUCGUUCUCUCUGUCUCUCUCUCCUCUCUCUCCCUCCCUUUCUUUCUCCCUCUAUCCCUGUCUCUCUCUAUCUCUCCCUCCCUACCGCUUUCUGUCUCUCUCUCUCCCUCUCUCUCCCUCUCUCUCCCCCUCUCCCUCUCUCUCCCUCCGUCUCUCCUCCAUGCUGCUCACCCAGCUGAACAGGGAGUGCCUGCUCCAUGUCUUCUCCUUCCUGGACAAGGACGGGCGGCGCAGCCUGUCGCUGACGUGCCGCGGGCUGAGGGACGUGUUCCUGGAGCCCGCGCUCUGGCCGCUGCUCCGCUUCCAGGCGCCCUGCGAGCUCCGGAGGAGCAACUACGUGCUGGGCCCCGCCCUGCGCCACCUGUCCGUGUGCUGGCACUCCAGCCGGGUGCAGGUGUGCAGCGUGGAGGACUGGGCCAAGACGCCCUUCCAGAGGGACAUCUGCCGGAAGCACGAGAGGACGGUCAGCGCCUUCCUGACGCGCGUGUGCGAGAGUCCUGCUGAGCCUACCAGUUGUAAACCUGUGAUAGCACGUGUCUCCCUCUGUCGGACAGCAAAGCUGCCCCGGCUUGCUGUCCCUGACCCUGUCCGGCUGCGGGCACGUGGAGGACCAGGACGUGGUGCAGGUGCUGCGGAGCUGCAGGCGACUGCGUGGCCUGCGUCUGGAGAACUGCGCGCGGAUCACCGACUGCGUCCUGCUCGCCGCGGUCGCCCACGGCGACAGCCUGGCCGCCGCGCAGGUGGACUUCUGCCGGAACGUGACGCACGCGGGCCUGCAGGCCCUGAGGGCCGGGCGGCCGGGCGUACGCCUGAGCGCGGAGAGGAGCGCGGGCAUGAUCCCCGACGGCAGGCCGCGCGAGAGGCCGAAGCUGAGGAGGGCCCUGCGCAAGGUCCUGCUCUUCUCCUGAAGAAGCUGCACAGCCAACAGCACACAGCCAACAGCACAGCCAGCACAGCCAACAGCGCACAGCCAACGCACAGCCAAUUUCACACAGCCAACAGCGCACAGCCAACAGCACACAGCCAGAACAGCCAACAGCGCACAGCCAACACAGCCAGCACAGCCAACAGCGCACAGCCAACGCACAGCCAAUUUCACACAGCCAACAGCGCACAGCCAGAACAGCCAACAGCGCACAGCCAACACAGCCAGCACAGCCAACAGCGCACAGCCAACGCACAGCCAAUUUCACACAGCCAACAGCGCACAGCCAACAGCACACAGCCAGAACAGCCAACAGCGCACAGCCAGAACAGCCAACAGCGCACAGCCAACAGCACACAGCCAGAACAGCCAACAGCGCACAGCCAACACAGCCAGCGCACAGCCAACAGCGCACAGCCAACACAGCCAGCGCACAGCCAACAGCGCACAGCCAAUAGUGCACAGCCAGAACAGCCAGCGCACAGCCAACAUCACACAGCCAAUAGUGCACAGCCAGAACAGCCAGCGCACAGCCAACAUCACACAGCCAAUAGUGCACAGCCAGAACAGCUAACAGCCGACAGCGCACAGCCAACAUCAUACAGCCAGCGCACAGACAACAGCACAAAGCCAACAGCCAGCUUAGCCGACAGUGCACAGCCAACACAGCCAGCGCACAGCCAACAGCGCACAGCCAAUAGUGCACAGCCAGAACAGCCAGCGCACAGCCAACAUCACACAGCCAAUAGUGCACAGCCAGAACAGCUAACAGCCGACAGCGCACAGCCAACAUCACACAGCCAGCGCACAGACAACAGCACAAAGCCAACAGCCAGCUUAGCCGACAGUGCACAGCCAACAGCACACAGCCAGAACAGCCAACAGCUGACAGUGCACAGCCAACAGCGCAAAGCCAACAGCGGACAGCCAACACAGCUAACAGCGCACAGCCAGAACACAGCCAAUAGCACAGCCAACAGCCAGCACAGCCAACAGCACACAGCCAGAACACAGCCAACAGCACAGCCAGCCCAGCCAGCACAGUCUCUGGCCCUGAGGAACCAUCAGGAAACCUACAGGAAAAGCAAGGCAUGGCUGGAAACUGGUUUGGUUGGACUAACUUGAGAACCAAUAGACUGGCUUCGGUCAAUGAGUUGAUCCCUGUUUUGGGAAUAACAAGUGGUCACAUCGUGCUUCACAGUUGGUUUGCUCACUACGGUGGACUACACUACACAGUUUACUUAACGUUUAAAAACCUUCAACAGGGACACUGUGGGGUUUAUUUGAAAUUAAUGUUUAAAUGUCUCCCUGUAAAACCUUCCUGUCAAUUGGACAUUCUGCAAUACACAUUAUCAUUGAAUUGCAAAUUCUCGAAUCGGCACUGUACUGCUCCCACAGAUUUUAUAAGUCACAUGUAUUUAUGUAUUUUUGAAUUUUCCACUUAAACUGUAUUGGUGUUUUUUUACAUUUUAUUACAGUGUUCUGUAUUUCAUUGUUGAAAUUUUAUACAUUCACCUUAUAUGCUUUUGCAAAUGAUACACAAGCAUUAACAGGGACAAACCCUCCCAAGAAAUAAAUGAAGUUAAU